AAAAAAAACAUCCCUUGAGCAUAUGGGUGCCUGGUUUUCUAAUCAGCAAUGAUAGAGUGGCUUUUGAUAAAGAAACUCGCCCUUUCUAAACCAGACUUCUGUUCCUUUUUUCCCCUCCUCAGGUCUGAUGGAAAUCCGAUCUGUCAGUGUGGGAGUUGUCGCCAUCAAAUCUGUCAGCACCGGCCUGUACUUAGCUAUGUCCAAAAAGGGAACGCUCUUCGGAUCGGUCAGAUACAGUCCCAGCUGCAAGUUCAAAGAGCGCAUUGAAGAGAACGGCUAUAACACCUACGCCUCCCUGCGCUGGAAGCACAGGGGGAGGCAGAUGUUCGUGUCGCUGAACGGCCGAGGGAAACCCCGCAGAGGCCACAAAGCUAGACGAAGACACCCAUCUACUCAUUUCCUUCCUAUGCUGGCCACAUAGCUGGACUGUUCAUCAUGAGCAAUGCUAUGCCAUCUGCAUUUGAUUGGGACUUAUUAAAUGUUAUUAAGUUUGUCUUUUUUUGUCCCUGAGUACUGUCGCACAGUACAUUAACUUAUUACUCUGGCUCAGCUUAAGACCCAGUACAGUUUAAAGCAAGAGUGUUAAUAUGAUGUAUAUACAGGUUACGUAUUAAUGUUAUUGUUGAGUUAAAUAGGCAUUUACUGUGUCUAUCUGUUAUACUAUUAUGACAGAUUUCUGACUGACAUUACCAACCUAGUCUUAUUGUGUAAAAACAUACUGUACAUAAAAUUCACUGCAGUUUCCAGCUGAAAUGAACCCUAGCGGCAGUAAAAUGGCAAGACUCUUAUUCCUUUUGACACAAAUUAUGAUUAUACAGAAUUCUGUACAUAAUAAAAUACUCUUCUCAUCUUAAGACAAAGAAACUCUCAAAACAACUUUGACCACAUUGUAUGUAUCAUGGUUUCUACAAAAAUAUUAAGCAGCACAAUAAUGAGAAAUGUUUUUGAAGCAUAACAUCUGCAUAUUACAUUGAUUCUGAAGGAUCAUGCAACAAAACUAAUGGCUGGUGAAAAUUCAGCAAUAAAUCACAUUUUAAAUAUACUAAAAUAUAGAAAACGGUAGUGGUUGUCAAUACUGUUUUGCAUAUAAGUUCAGCAUUGGUGAGCAUAAGACAUGAAAAAAAAUAUAAACGGCAGUGUGUAUGUUAAAAUAUGUGAACACUGAACACAUGACCUCAGAGUGUAGUGUAGAAAACGUUGAAAUGUCAUGGUUGUUUCGGUGUAGUUAGAAUCUCACACUUGCUUUUUGCUCACACUGUUGGAAGGGUUUAGUGUAGGGGAUCUGUUUUCUUCAUUUCGCAGUCAAUAGAGAAGUAAACUUUUAGCGUCACUCACUUGACAUUUCAUUGCCGCGAUAUGUCUGUAGGAACCGGUAGUGGCUAGAGGGGAUACCAUUAAAACCAGAAGCUAACAAUAAAUGUAAUCUUCUACCUAAUAGAUUUAGUUAGUUUUAACACCUAUUAGUGUUUUAUUAACAACUACACCAACCACUUACAAUAAUGCAAAAACAGUAAUUAUUGUUGUACAUUGUGACAAGACUUAUGCAUUAUUGAUGUGUGCAUGCCCAGUAGAUGAAUCUGUAUAACAUCUAGCGUUUUUAACCGUAGGAACCAGUGAACUGUGUCACGUUCGUUUGUUACAGUGAAAACUAAACAUGCCAUUUCACUUGGGAACUGCAGUGAUACACGUAAAAUGCAAUAUUGUUUUGAAAAACUGCCUCCAUGGGCAUUUUUUUUUUUCUUUUCACGAGACUGGACUGGACAUCACAGUUGGUGACAAACAAAAACAAAACAACAACAACAGCAACAACAAAACAUCCAUAACAAACUGUUGCAUCUUGACAUACGAACUUGGCAGCUACAGUAUCAGUAUGAAAGUCAUUUAAGUUGAGAAAAAAUUGUGACUAAUUGUGAAAAUGUAAAAAUUGCUAAUUCAUUUCUCGUAAUUGGAAUGGUGUAUCAUCAAGAUUCACACAUAUUACCCUGCUAGCAUGCACUGUAAAGACCAAUAAUGCAAAAUAGAAGAACAUACAACAUCACAGACAGAUAAAAAAGAUCGCAAAUGCAAAUAGAUUAAGUACUCAUAUCAACUUUUAGCAUAACUUCCUGUAACGCUCUGAAAAGCUGUUUUAUACCCAUGUGUUCUUACUGUCACAUUAACAUGUUUUCUUUUCACUGCUUGUCGUUAAAUAGAACAUUUAAUAUAUUUCAACCUUUUGAACUCUA